CUCUGGCCGACGGCUGUCAUUCUCCAUCUCGUCAUGCGGCGUGUGCUGUGGCUCGUGAGCGCCAUCGCGAUCGCCGAGGCGGGCACGACGUGCAGCGUCGUAUACACCACGCGGGCGGCGACGCCAGCGCCCACGUCGACGCCAGCGCCCACGUCGACGCCAAGCCGUACGACCAAGAAUCCGAGCAGCACCAACGACGAGCCAACGAUGGCGCCCGCCACGCUCUUUCCUGAUGCAUCGACGCCGGCGCCGACGUCGUUGCUGCCCAACGAAACCACAUUGCCGCCGGACGCCAAUGCAACGACACCGAUGCCGACGACGGUACCCACGCCGGACGCUACACCGGUCGCGACGACGGCCACGGUGGCACCGACAACGCUUCCAGCGACUCCGACGACCACGGCCACGCCCAAACCGACAAGCAAGACAAAGACCCCGGCACCGACAAUCGACCGUCGUCUUCGAGAAGUCGUCGACAGCAAUCACACCAACACUUCGACGCUCGUCCCGCAGCCGACGCCCGUGUCGACGCCGGUCGUCCCGACGCCAGUGCCCAACGAAGGUUCGUGGAGCGGCAGUCGCAGCGGCAGCAACGACGUGAUUACGCUGUCGCCGCUUCCGACACCGAGUCCGUUUGAUAUCGCAUGCGACGCGACGUUCUACGGGCAGUGGGCAACGCGCAACCUCACGUGCGCCGGCGCGCCGCUCAACGUGUCGGCGGCUGUUGACGCAGCGGCGUGCGCCGUGUACAAAGGGUCCGCACCCUCGCUUCAUGAUGUUUGCGUCUCGCUCUGCACGCUUCCAUCGUGCGACGCCGGGGUGUGGAACUACCACCUUCACGCCGGGGCCUUCUCGUCCAUCUACGCGUCGAUCGACGUUGCGUCGUUCUUUCCGUCUGCGAUUGCGUCGACGAUUCGGAACGUGUCGGUGGCGUCCGUGUGCCCGGUGGCAGGCAACACGACGUCGACGCUGGCGUCUUGCGGGUGCCCGGCUCCGUGGUCGUCGUCGACGACAACGGCACCCGCCUCGCCAACACCGGCGCCCGCGGUCAAUCCGCUCUGGAACUGGGUGCCCACCAACGCCGAGGCGGCAGUCGCACCGCUCGCCAAGACGACCGCCGCGGCCACGAUCGCGAUUGGCACGGUGGUUUCGAUAUCAGGCGGCCUCGUGUCGUCGGCGUCGGCCGCCACCACGGUCGCUGCGAGCUCGUCGAUGAUGCUCUUUACGUUCGACAUGCUGCAGUUUGGCAGCAUGCUCAACCAGAUCCCGCUCUCCGAGAAGAGCAACGUGCUCACGGAAUUUGGUGCGCAGAUGAAAUUUGCGGUCUUCAACUACCUCGGGUUCCUCUUUUCGGACGACGCCAACGCCACGGCAUCCGCAACCCAAGCGACACGCUUCCUCACAACGACGUCCGGCGACUGCCAAGGCGUGUGCCAGUACGCCGUCACGAUCGGUGUGCCCGAGAACCGCCUCUUCCUCAUCACGCUCCUCGGUGUUCUUGUCGCGGGCGCCGCCGUCUUCUUGCUCUACGGUCUCGCCGUGGGCUUUGUCCAUCAUGUGCUCAAGAAGCCGGACAUGACCAAGACGUGGUUCGACUAUGCGAUUGGCGGGCUCGUCAUCCUCGGCAUGGCGUCGCAGUAUGCGAUCGGUGUCACGGGCGUCUACCAGCUCUACCUCGGUUUCCGCGACCAUGUCUUUGACGUCUCCUUCUUCCUUGCGAUCCUCUCGCUGCUCUUUCUGGCCGUCGGGCUCUUGGGCUUUGGCUAUUAUAUCAUCCAGAAGCACGAACGCGACCUCCUCGACGUGGCCAAGGUCGAGCACACAAAGAAGGCGGUCAACAUGCGCUACGGCGCCCUCUACGACGAGUAUACGUUUGAGAACCGGUUCUUCUUUGCGCCCAAGAUGCUCUUGGCGCUGCUCUGCGGCAUGACGACCGGCGCGGCCUUUAUGAACGCAACCCUCCAGAUCGUGCUCAUCCUAGUCUUCCACAUUUGCUUUCUCGUGCACCUCGAGCAGUGCCAGCCGUUCCAGACGCGCUUCCUGCAGCACUCGAUGGCGCUCAUCACGCUCGUCAAGAUUGUGACGCUGAUCCUCUCGAUGUUUUUGAUCUCGUCGAUCGAAGGGCUGCCCCAAGGCUUCCACGACGCUGUGAGCAACAUCAUCGUCGCGCUUCAGCUCCUCGUGCUCGCGGCGCUCAUGGUGCGCCAAGUCGUACUGCUCUACCAGCGCUGGCGCGCCGAAAAGAUGCACGACGAGCAGCAAGCCGCAAUGGAGUCGGCGCUCAAGCCACUCGAUAGCCUCGAGACGCUCGCCGUUCUCUGCCGUCCGUCGAUGGACACCAAGUCGACGACGCUGCAGCCGGUCAAAAGCGACGGCAUCAUGCGGUUGUAGCUAAGGUCGUGUAAGCACAUACUAGGACUCUAACCGCGAUGCCAUACUAUUUAUGCUCGUGCUGCAGUACUGUACCUGCAUGAGUGGACCAAGCAGCAAGGUUCUCGCCCGUUGCCAAGAUGGGCCGUCUGGCUCGUGUAGUCCGGAU